AUGAACUCGACGCAGGCGGAGAGGGUGGCCCAAGCGUUCCCGUUGAUCACCACCGCGGGCUCCUCCGUGCUGCGAGUGCUGCGCGUCAUCCACGACCAGCACACAUACGUCAAACUCUUCCUCAUCGGGCCCGUCUUGGCCGCCCUCCUGUCCCUCGUGCUGCUCCGCGUGACCUGCCACCUACGUCGCCGGGCAGGAACCGUCGCCUUCUUCCACCCCUACGCGAACGACGGCGGCGGCGGGGAGCGCGUGCUGUGGUGCGCCAUCGAAGCCAUCCAGUCCACGUGCCCAUGGGUCAAGAUCGCGGUGUACAGCGGCGACGGCGUCACGGAGCAACAACUGCGCGACAAGGCACGCAGCCGCUUUGGCGUGCGCAUCGAGCGGGCCGUGCGCGUGGUGCCCGUCCGCACGCGGACGCUCCUGGAGCCGACGUGGUACCCCGCCCUGACGAUGAUCGGCCAGGCCGCCGGCUCCACGGUCGUCGCCCUGGAGUGCUUGGUCAGGUUUAUACCUGAGGUGUGGUUUGACACCACCGGAUGGGCGUUCCCGUACCCGCUGGCGCGGGCGGCCGGGUGCCGCGUCGCGUGCUACGUGCACUACCCGACGGUGAGCUCGGACAUGAUCGAGCGCGUGCGGAGCCGCACGGCCACGUACAACAACGCCGGCGCCGUCGCGCGGUCGUGGGUGCUGACGGCGGGGAAGACUGCGUACUACUGGGGCCUCAUGCGCCUGUACGGCUGGUGCGGACAACACGCGCAGACGGUCAUGGUGAACUCGUCGUGGACGAAGGGCCACAUCGAGAAGGUCUGGCGCUCGAAGAAGAUCGCGCUCGUGUACCCCCCCUGCGACUGCGCGACGCUGAGCACGCUCCCGAUCGACGGGCGCGACCCGGACCGUCCCAUCGUGCUCAGCAUCGGCCAGUUCCGCCCCGAAAAGGACCACGUUCUCCAGCUGCGCGCGAUGAAGCGCCUCCGCAACCUCCACGCCGCGUCCGACUCGGCGCUGAGAGGCCCCGCGCGCACGCGCGUGGAGUCGUGCCGGCUCGUCGUCAUCGGGAGCACGCGGAACGCGGGCGACGAGGCGCGGCUGCGGCAGGUGAAGCGCGAGGCCGGGCGGCUCGGGCUCGGGGAGGACGACGUGACGUUCCUGGAGAACCUGCCUUAUUCAGAGCUGCAGCGGUGGCUCGGGCGGGCGGCGUGCGGGCUGCACACGAUGCGGGACGAGCACUUCGGGAUCUCGGUGGUGGAGUUCAUGGCGGCGGGCGCGGUCCCGAUCGCGCACGCGUCGGGCGGCCCGCGGAUGGACAUCGUGGUCCCCGGGGGCGUGUCGGUGCAGGAGGGGGAGUCCCAGGUGGGGCUGCUGUGCGAGACGGAGGACGAGUACGCGCGCGCGAUCGCGCAGGUGUGCGCGAUGGCGCCCGGGGACCGCGCGGCGGUGGCGCGACGGGCGCGGGCCCGCGCGCUGCAGUUCUCCACGGCCGCAUUCCAGAGGGCGUUCGAGCGGCCGUUCCUCGACGUGGUGCCGAAGCGGCCGAUGCACAUGGUGUACGGGGUCGCGAAGGCGCCGCGCGAGGAGCGCGCUGCCGGGAGGCCGGCCGGCGGCGGGCCUCACGACGAGUAG